CGACUUCCGCGCUACCGGUAGCUCAGAUUGCAUGAUGGAGGCAAAUAGUGUGCAUGACCGGAGCCUGUCCAAACACCAGUGGCUCGUCAAUGAACAAGCCAUAGCAGCCAUCGCGCCCUCUGAAACGGACAAUGACGACUCGUGCCUCGAAUCCAACGAGCUGGAGCAAGUCUACGAAAUAUUUCGCUUCUACGACUCGUCGCUCCAUGGCGACCGGCUCCCGUCAAUCAACUUGCCACGAUUCAUUGAAAUCCUCAAAGACGGACACAUCCUGUCCAGUUCGUUUACUGCGCAACAAGCGGAGGAAGUGUUUGCCACGGCAGUACUUGGAAAACUACGCACAUACCUGGACGCCGAUGGGGCCCCAGCUCUCUCGUUCAAACUAUUCUGUGGGGCACUUAUGCAAUGUGCCACGAUUAAGUUUCCAAGCAUGGUCCCGAGUUCGGCACUUCGAAAGCUCGCGCGACGGCACCUGUUUUCGCUGAUGACGGAGCUUCUAUCGGCCACACAUGGCGGUUCGAACACCAACCACAGCCAUCACCUUGUGGGUAGCAAAGGUGUGGCCGUGGCCAUUGGUGACAACUACUGGCAUCCGUUGGACGCUCAAUUUGAAACGCGGUUGCAAAAGCGAAGAGUGUCUCAAGUUGCGUACGACAGCGUGGUGCGACAUAUUUUACCGACUCCUCCACUCCCCGCCGACACUAGCAUGGUGGUGACCCCCGAGAUGCGCGCGUGUUUUCAAGAAGACCAUUUGGACAUAAUUGUCGAUCGCUUUCACUUGUUCGAUCAUGCAGAGACAGGCACGAUCGACCACGGCGAGGUGUUCGUGUACUUUCACGGCCUCGCCGACGCCCUCGCGCUCGGAAACGUCCAGCCCCUUGUGGCCCAAUUGAAGUCGGUCGACAAAGUCACUUUGCCGUCCAUUUUGCACGUCCUUCUUGGCCAGACCAAGCUCGAUACAGCACCGUCGACUCCGAACCUCACGAACCCCAUGGCCACAAGCGCCUCACCGUCCAGCGCCACGGACCGUGUCGACGACAUCGAAACGAAAGAAACACUGCUCGCCUUGUCCCACGACUGCCCACCAGACAACUGGGAACUCGACGACAUUGUCCACGCUCCAGACUACAACAACCCUUCCACCAAGGCCAAUACAGUCAUCAAACGAGUGACAAUCACGAACAACACCCAGACAAAGAAACCGAAAAAGCCGCGCGCGGCUGCCCUGCCUCGGGUGGUCAUGGUGCAUACCGGCAUGAGCGAACACAGCGUCAAGAAAUUCUGGGAAGCUACGGUUCGGGACCACGGCCUCGCCGAAACCUGGGGCUUGUUUCAAAAAGGUGAGAAGCGAAUGCUCACGGAAACCCACACGCGACUCAAGACGGAAGACAGCGCCAAGGCGCUGUUGCAAUUGCGGGUGCGCAGCCGAUUGGCCGAAGGGUUUGUGGUUAUGGAAGGCAAAAAGUACGUGGCCGACGCCCUCGCCGCGGACAAGGCCAGCAAGGAAAAAAAGGCGGCGGCGGCGGCGUCCGCCAAGGAAAAGAGUCAAACGUGGACGCCCAAGAUUUUGAGUCUGGACAAGGGCAGCACGGUCGUGCGAUCGUCAUCCUUAUCCAACCUACCCCUGUACAGUCCCACGAACCACCAGCCGUUGUACCACAAGGCACCGUAUCAACUCCCACCCGACUGGAAAGACCGCACCGCGACACACACAGAUAUGUCGUGGGUGCGUGAAUCGUUUUGCCGCGCUCCAGUUGGCCACCAGCAUGAUAUAGAAAGGCAUCGCCCGGUCCACCCAACGAUUCGAGCCAAUUUGUACUUGGCCGACAUGACUCGACUUGGCAUGUUGCCUCGAAUUCACGACAAAUCGCCCAGUCGAUGACAACGACUUCGAGUUCUUGAGAGCUGUAUGUGGAUGUGACUCUCAAGUCGGAAGGUAAUAUCUGGCAUAAAUGACCC